ACAAGCCUCCUCUGGGGAGAUAAAACAGUUGACACGAAAUUACUUGCUGUAAGCCUCUUACCCUAAGCAGCUCUGCCCAUGAGUCUCAGUUGUAGGCGGACUCUCUUCGCUGCCGGCCACUUGAACGGAUCGGCCGACGCAACCUGCACUUAUUUGGAAUCGGCGCUCGUGUGGCUGCGGCAUCGGAAACCAGCCUUUGAACUUAAAAGAAAACAAAAAAUGUCUUGAUAACUUCAUGCUAAAGGAGAUUUACUUCAAUGACGGUGUUUGCUGUUUGGUCCUGAUAAAUACAAUGGAGAAAGAGGAUAAUACAGAGGGGGAGGACGAUAGAAUGUCUGCUGAUUUCAGCACCGUUGAAGAGCUGAAACAGAGCUGGCAGAAGUGGGUUAAUGAUCGUGCGGCAUAUCAGGAACACAAUCCUUUCAGCAACAAUAGGGCGAUGACAGUGCAAUUUAAGAAAGAAGAAGAGGGUUAUGGGAAACCCAGGGAAGGAUCAGAAACGGAACGUAGAGGAAUGGAAGCCCACACACAUGUUGGAAAAGAAGUGGAGGAACUGUGCCAGAUUAUUGCCAGCAUUGGAGAAACUGGAGAGGAUGGAAAAAUCAAGGUGACCUUUGGCAAACUCUUUGAGAAAUAUGUGAACAUUUCUAAUAAGCUGGUUGGAGUUUUGAUGAGGGCCAGGAAGCAUGGACGGAUAGCCUUUGAAGGGGAGAUGCUUUGGCAGAGAAGAGACGAUCAUGUGGUUAUAACUUUGCUACAGUGAGGAGAAAUGGAAUGUCCACAAUGGCCAAAGUAAAAUGAAGUGGUGAUGUCGGGACAAAUAACAGAGAACAGCAAGAUAUGGCCUAGGAAGUAGUCUUUACAAAAUAAAAAAUAUUGCCGGAGUGUUUGUACCAAUGUGACAUCAUCUAAGUAAAGCAGCUCUAAUUAUCUUACAUAAUGAAGCUGAAGUAAUUUGGCCAACACCUGGCUCCACUUUCAAAGUGUACUAUAGGGACAGACUGUAAAUAUACACUACCACUCUCUCUUUAGUUGUUUUGUCACAAGGUAUGUUUUGUGUUUAUUUGAGCCACAGAGCUGGGGUUUAGAAGCAAUCUUAAACAAAUUCUAAAAAAUGUUAAUUUCACUUACCUGUAAGAUUUACUUUGGGUGAUUAGGAGGCCAGUGAUUAAUCAGAUUCUUCUUGUUACCUUCAUUUCAGUUCCUACACUCAUGUUACACAAAGGCACACUUUUACAAAUGCACUGUUAAAUUCCCACCUAAAUGGGAUAUCUCUUUUCUAUUGUAGUAGAUGCUGAAAGCAAGGAAUCAUUGGAGAUUAUUAUGGGAGUGAAUAGGGAAAAAACUAUAACAGAGAAUAUUGUAACUUAAUCCUAAAACACAAUGGGCGGUUAUUAAUGAACAGUACCAUGACCAGUGAACAACAUCGCUGAUCAGUCCAUAAAAAAACAAAAAAGUGUGAAUAGCAUUGCCUUGUUAAGUAUCAUAAAAGGAAGAAAUAAUUUCUUUUAUCAGAUUUGGAAAGAUAAAGAUUUUAGGCAGUAGUGUAGCACUUGUAAACCUAUCCUAAACAUAGGCAGAGACAGCAAGGUUUACAGGGAAUUCAGAAGCAACCAGUUGCAUGUCAAUUCCCCAAACUGACCCCUCAGAAAAUAUUUUAAGAGACAUACUUUUUAUUUGUUAGGAAAGACAUUUAGAAGAUACAAAUGCCUAGGUUAAAUUACAGCAAAUAAGGGAGAUACCACAAUCCAGGUAAUGUCUUAACAAAGGUUGGCAGCACUGAGGUACUGUGUUUAUUUAGCACACCCACAGCUCCAGUCACUGUCUGUAUGAGAGUUUCUCUGUUUUUCCUCCCAUUUCACAGAGAUAUGUAUGCUGGUUAAUUAGCAACACUUAAGUGAGUCUGGUGUGGCAUGGACCAAGCACUGGUAACCGUGACUU